CUCCAAAACAUAAUUUUGGAGUUCACAAGUACUCGGAAUGAGGAUACAUAAUUUUGCCUUGUGAAGAGGAAGGGUUUACAACUUUAUACAGUCCAGCCUUGGAACCUAUCCCAGUUCUCAACUUCUCAUCGCACUAAAAUCCAUUUGAAAUGACCAUUAAUAUGGACGAUCACAUAGAGAGGGUGCUCUGGACUGAACAUCAAAUUGCCAACCGAGUCUCCGGCCUCGCCUCUGAGAUCACCCACCAGUUCUCUAGCGCCGCCGCCGCCCCGGUCUUCGUCGGUGUUGCCAACGGGGCAUUUAUCUUUCUUGCCGAUCUUGUUAGGAAAAUCAACUUCCCAAUCACGGUUGAUUCCAUUCGGGUCGGCUCGUAUGGUUCCGGUACAGUGUCCAGUGGCAAGCCCAAUAUUUAUUCCGACUUGAAAAUCGAUGUUCAAGGAAAGCAUGUGGUUUUGGUAGAGGACAUAGUGGACACAGGAAACACUUUAUCAUGCCUGAUUGAGCAUUUGAAAGCUAAAGGAGCAUCCUCUAUAUCAGUCUGUGCCCUUCUUGAUAAGACAUCCAGACGGAAGGUCAAUCUUGAGCUGGUGGGAGAUGGCAAGUUUUACUGUGGUUUUCAGUGCCCAGAUUAUUUUGUAGUUGGAUAUGGUUUGGACUUCGCAGAACAGUACAGGAACCUGCCUUAUAUCGGGGUUUUGAAGCCUGAAAUGUACAACAAUGCUUGAUUCAUUCCAUGUUUUAAGCAAAGCGCAGUAUGAUUUAGGAGAUGUUAGACAGCUUUCUACUUAUAUUUAUGCAACUACAGAAAUCACCUUUUCCCCUAUUAAUAGGUAGUCCAAUUUUCGUCAAGCUGCUUUACUGCAAUAUGUGUUUACUGUGCAGAUGUAUCAAGGAGCGUAACAUCAGGUGUAAACUUUUUUUUUCGUUUUUUCAACCAAAUUUCAUGGAGGUGGUUGUAAAUUUUCACCCACUAAUCCAACCCAAACCGUUUGCACCCCUAAAUACACCCACCUGUAGGGCUACGUUUGGAUUGGAUUAGGCAGAUAAUUUGACUCUUCCUUUUGAUGGUUUAUUUGAUAUUGUCAAGCAAUGUGCGCUGUGUUGCCAGAAAAAGCCCCUGAUGCAACCUGUGUUGAAUCAGAAAGCCCUUGUUCGAGUCCUCUCUAUUGUUACGCACACCCACUGCCCUUGUUGUAUCACUCUCCCCUGCUUCAAAAGUGACCUUGUCCUCAAGGUUUAAGUUGGGAAACAUUGCAGUAAUUUCACCGACAUCAAUCCAUGAGACGUCGACUUGCGAACUCCCCCGCCAGUGAACUAGUACUUGAGGCUCUUGAUGACCAUUGAGGAGAAUGUGCCUGGUGCCACAAAUGGUGAUGGGAACAUUGUUGGAAUCAUCAAGUAAAUCUACUGGCAGAAUGGGAGAUGAUGCUGGAGCCACCCCGCUGAAGGGCCGCAGUAGCGUGAAAAACCGGGUGAAUAUGGGACCCCGGAGGAAGAUCCAGGCGGUAAGAGACCUGACCAAUCCGUUCUAGCACUUUGAAUGGCCCAAAUUAGCAUUUUGAUAACUUAUAAGAACGCCAAUGGGCGAUUGAGUUUUGGCGAAACGGUUGUAAUUUGAGCAGAACAAAAUCUCCAACUUGGAACACAACCUCACGACGAUGUUUAUUAGCGCUUUCUGUACCAUACGAUGUUGGGCUUGUUGAAUGGACUCCCUCAAAAACUUGAGAAUUUUAUCCCUUUCGGUGAGUAAGGAAUCAAGUGCUUGAAUAUUGGUAGAGUUGGAAGUGUAGCGGGGAAUCACGGGAGGGGUGUGCCCUUAAAGAGCUUGGAUAGGAGUCAUCUGGACUCUUUCAUUAUAGCUUGUAUUAUAGCAAAAUUCUUCCCAGCUCAAAAAUUCAAACCAAGUGUUCGGCUUCUCCACUAUGAAUGCGCGUAGGUACUAUGCUUCAACUUAGAACCAGAGUUCAAAGAGCUUUGCACAAAAUUUGCUGAGAAAGAGAGGAUCCCUAUCAGAGUAUCAGAUAUGAUGACACUAGAGAAUCCAUGCAACUUAACGACAAUAUCAACAAAUAAAUGGGCUACGCGAAUGGCAUUGAACUUGGUAGGAAGAGCGCCAAAGUGAGCAGAUUUAGUGAGUCGAUCCACCACUACCAGGAUCGAAGAAACCCCACGUGACAGAGGCAGACCAACUAUAAAAUCCAUGGUAAGCUCAUUCCAGACUUGCUCCGGAAUAGGCAGAGGUUGUAAAGGUCCAGUCGGUGCUUUGGUGAGGUAUUUUGUUUGUUGGCAAACAACGCAAGAGGCCACAUAAUCUUCCACCAUACGUCCAUGUUUGGCCAAUAAAAAAUUGCUGCAAGUUUGACCAAC